ACGUAUUGGCCGUUAUAAAGGGAGUGGUAGAAAGCAAUAGGGGAUUUCAGCAACCGUCACAAAAUCAGAACAGAUUCCAGAGCAGAGUGAGCAUCUGCAUUCAUGGCUUCCAGUCCGGGAAUCCUCACCGAUUGGCCAUGGACGCCUCUCGGAAGCUUCAAGUACGUGAUUUUGGCACCUGGAUUUAUCUACAGCAUCUACCAGUACGUGGUAAAGGAUGAAACAGAGAGAGAUACAUCCAGUCUUGUUAUUAUCCCGCUUCUUUUGUGGAGAAUGAUUCAUAACCAGAUAUGGAUAACUCUCUCUCGUCAUCGAACUGCUAAAGGCAAUGCUCGGAUCGUGGACAAGGGCCUCGAAUUCGACCAAGUCGAUCGAGAAAGGAAUUGGGACGACCAAAUUUUGUUGAAUGGACUCUUGUUUUACUUAGUCGCUAAUUUGACGUCGAAAGGUCGUGAGCUACCUCUAUGGAGGACAGAUGGAGCGGUUAUUACAUUUCUGCUACACGCAGGUCCAGUGGAGUUUCUGUAUUACUGGCUUCACAGAGCUCUGCACCAUCAUUACCUCUAUUCUCGCUACCAUUCCCAUCACCACUCCUCCAUUGUUACAGAGCCGAUCACUUCUGUGAUCCAUCCAUUUGCGGAGCACUUGGCGUAUUUCCUCCUCUUCGCCGUUCCAAUGUUGACAGUUUUGUUCAACGGAACCGCUUCUUUAGGAGUAUACGCCUUGUACCUUUCAUACAUCGAUUUCAUGAACAACAUGGGGCAUUGCAACUUUGAGUUCAUACCCAACCGCGUUUUCACUCUCUUUCCGCCUCUAAAAUACCUGAUGUACACACCAUCGUUUCAUUCGCUGCAUCACACCCAAUUCCGCACCAACUACUCCCUCUUUAUGCCAUUCUAUGAUUACAUCUACGGCACAGUGGACAAAUCUUCUGAUUCUCUGUACCAAAAAUCCCUCAAGAGAGAGGAAGAAGUUGCUGACGUGGUUCAUCUGACUCAUCUUACAACUCCCGAGUCCAUCUACCAUCAACGGCUAGGAUUUCCUGAGUUGGCUUCCAGGCCCCACACUUCCACCUGGUAUCUCCACUUCCUCUAUCCCAUCACCAUGGGGUCAGUGUUGUUGACUUGGAUUUAUGCCCGCACAUUUGUCGUUGAGAGGAACCGAUUUGAAAAGCUCAAUAUCCAAACAUGGGCCAUCUUCAAGUUUAAUGUGCAGUACUUGUUUCAAUGGCAAAACCAAUCAAUAAACAGCUUGAUUGAAGAAGCAAUAGUAGAAGCAGAGCAAAAGGGUUGUAAAGUCUUGACUUUAGGUCUCUUGAAUCAGGGGGAGGAGCUGAACAUAUAUGGAGGGCUAUAUGUUCAAAGGAACCCUAAGCUAAGAGUGAGGGUGGUGGAUGGGAGUAGCCUGGCCGUGGCUGUAGUUCUCAAUAGUAUCCCCAAAUGUGCCACCCAAGUUCUAUUGACCGGCAAACUUACAAAAGUGGCUUGUGCUCUUGCUUAUUCUCUGUGCCAACGAGGCAUUCAGGUAGAUGUGUUACGUGAAGAAGAAUUGAGGAAGCUCAACAAAUCAUCCAACGCCAAAUUUGAGAGCAAUCUAAUGGUUUCAAAAGGCUGUUCUCAAAAUAUAUGGUUAGUGGGAGAUGAUGUUACCAACGAAGAACAACUGAAGGCACCAAAAGGAACCACUUUCAUUCCCUUCUCACAGUUACCUCCAAAGGUUAUACGCAAAGACUGCUACUACCACUGCACCCCUGCUAUGAAGGCUCCUCCUUCUAUUCAGAAUCUCCACUCCUGCGAGAAUUGGCUGGCGAGAAGAGUGAUGAGCGCAUGGCGUAUUGCUGGUGUGGUGCAUGCGAUGGAAGGGUGGACGGAGCACGAGUGUGGCUACUCAAUCUCCAACGUGGACCAAGUGUGGAAGGCAACACUUGGACACGGUUUUCAGCCUCUCCCUACACCCACCCCCUGUGCCUCCACGUAAUC